AUGAUCUUCACUACUUUACUAGCUUUUAUCACAGCUGUUUCGGCUAUUGAUUGCAGUGCUAACGAGCUUAAACCUUAUAACCUUGAAAGUAUCAAGGGGAUCUAUUCAUUUUCCACACUCAAGAACACUCCACCAUCGACUACAAAUCUCACUUGGAAUGUUGGUAUAUGUGAACCAGUUAAUAAUAUUCAAGAUUGUCCUCAAGAUUCCGAUAUCUGUGGUGUUACUACAAUUCAAUUAAAGGACGCAAAACCCAUUGUGUCCGAAGUUAUCCCGUUUAGUGGUACUUUACAAAAGAAAUACGAAACCUCCGAUAAUGGUGUCAAGGUCAUCUACAAUGGUGCUCAUUGGGGUGACGCGCUUGUAAAUGCCGAAUUGAACUUCAUUUGUGAUAAGGAAUCCACCGACAAAUCACUUACUUUGGAACAAUGGGAUGGUACUAAUUUGAAACUUUCCAUGAAGAACAAAGCUGCCUGUAUUACUAGUGAUGAAGAUAAGAAAAAGAAUGAAAAACCAAAACCUGAUGGAGGUGAAUCUUGGGGAUGGUUUACUUGGAUUUUCAUCUUUUUGGUUUUGUUUUUGAGUAUUUAUAUUGUUGGAGGCGCUUGGUUCCAAUACAACAAAGGAAAUGCCAUCGACUUCCAAAGCGCAUUAAAAGAAGUCGUUGAAAACUUUAUCGAAUUAUUGAAGGGAUUGCCAAGUUUUAGUAAAGAAAUCAUUGAAAAAUUCACUGGCAGAAGCAAUAGAGGUGAAUACAGUGCUGUAUAG